AAUCUCCCGAACUUUGCCACUCCAUUCUCCAUCCUCCAUCAUCCGCCAUGUUCGCUCGCGCAGGUCUCCGCACCCUCCGUACCCUUCCCCCCGCCUCCGUUGCGCGUGCUUCCUCCGCGAUUGCGCAGCGCCGUGCCCUCACCGACCAGGCGCGGAGACUUAUCGACCAUGCUGUCCAGGAGAACCCGCUUGUUGUGUUCAUGAAGGGCACACCCGACGCACCGCAGUGCGGCUUUUCCCGCGCUGUCGUCCAGAUUCUCGAUGUGCAGGGCGUGCCGCGCGAGAAGGUUCUCGCCUUCAACUGCCUUGAGGACCCCGAGCUGCGCGAGGGCAUCAAAGAGUACAGCGACUGGCCUACUAUCCCCCAGGUGUACGUCAAGGGCGAGUUUGUCGGCGGCUGCGACAUCAUGAUCUCCAUGCACCAGUCCGGCGAGCUGGAAGACCUCCUCGUCAAGGAGGGUCUCGCACCUCCUAUCGAGGAGGAGGUCAAGGAGGAGAAGUAGAUGCAAUGCAUGGAUCACGACUGA